AUGUCUAAGCCAGCUAUCGGUUUCGUUGGCCUAGGAGCCAUGGGCUUCGGCAUGGCCACCAACCUUGUGAAGGAGGGAUACCCAGUCCACGGAUUCGACGUGUUCCCCGCAUCAGUCGAGAGAUUCAAGGAUGCUGGCGGAAUUCCUGCUUCCUCGUUACAGGAUUCAGCUAGCGAGAAGCAGUACUAUAUUUGCAUGGUCGCAUCGGCUCCCCAAGUUCAGUCUGUCUUAUUCGGCGAAGGUGGCAUUGUUGCUGGUCUUCCCCAAAAUGCGACCCUCAUCUUGUGCUCAACAGUCCCGGCUUCGUAUGCCCAGUCCGUUGCUAAGGAGCUCGUUCAGCAUGGCCGUGGAGAUAUUCACUUUAUUGAUGCACCGGUGUCGGGUGGUGCUUUGCGCGCGGCGAACGGAACACUCUCUAUAAUGGCGGGCGCGCCAGAUGCGGCUUUAGAGAGCGGCCGGUUCCUUCUCGAGGCCAUGUCUGAUACUAACAAAUUGUACCUGGUGCCUGGUGGCAUUGGAGCUGGAAGCAACAUGAAGAUGGUGCACCAGAUUCUUGCGGGUAUCCACAUUCUCGGUGCCAGUGAGGCUAUGGGCUUUGCAGCGCAUUUGGGCUUGAAUGCAGAUGAAACUGCCGAAGCUAUUAAGGAGUCUAGCGCGUGGACAUGGAUGCACGAGAACCGCUUGCAACGUAUGGUGGAAGAGGAUUGGAUCCCCGGUGCUAGUGCUCUGACAAUCAUAUUAAAGGAUGUUGGAAUCAUUACCACUUCUGCUCGCGAGAACCACUUCCCAACCCCUCUUUGCUCCACGGCUGAGCAGGUCUACCUCGGAGCUCUUUUGCAAGGCUAUGGAAAUAAGGAUGAUUCCGUUAUGGUUCGCCAGUACUUCUCUAAACCUCUCAGGGCUGUCUCGAAUGCCAAGAUGUUGGAUAAUGAGGCUGAUUUGCGCCAAUUGGUCCUGGACAUGAUGGAGGUGACAAACCUGGUCGCUGCGGCUGAAGCCAUUUCAUUUGCGCGCUAUCUCAAGGUUGAUCUAAAGCAAUUCUUUGGGCUUGUCAGUAAUGCCGCCGGUGCUAGUCGUCAAUUCAUGACAAGGGGAUUGGAAAUGAUUGAAGGCAAUAUUGACAUGCAACCUGGCUCGGAGAAAAUUGAUGCUGCCAUUUUGCGAUUGGAAAGAGCUGUACAAAAAGCGAGAGACCUGCAUUGUCCAUUGCACCUCGGAAACGCGGCACUCAAUACGUUGUUUUUGGCUAAGCGGGCUGGCUUUGGGGAUGAAAGCACUGUUAGCGUUAUGCAAAUUUAUGGUCUUGGAAUGUAG